CCUACCUCAGAGCAUCCUCCAUCCACCAUGCACGCCCCCUCGAUCAGCGGGAUGCGUACCGCCAUGCUCAGCGGACGUUUUACCUCCACGGCUCUGGGCCCUUUCGCGCACCCCAGCGGCUGCACCAACCCGUUGUAUCAUGCGCUCUCCCAGGCCCGGGCAGCAAGCACCUCCACGAUGCGAGUCCGCAGCACACACGCCCUGAAGACCACGGCCGUGCGACCGUCGACACAGCUCCCAAUUUCUCCGAUCCUCCGCCGUGCCAACUCGACUGCAGCUGCCACCAACGAAGCCGUCCGUCUGGACUGGAACUCGUUCUUCAAGCUCCGCGCCAGCCGUCGCCGGUACUCGCUUGCCUCGUCGAUUUUGAGCUCCCUGGCCACCACAGUCAUCGGCGUGCAGGUUCUCUCGUCCCAGGACUUGGAGUCUCUCGGCGCUCAGGUUAUGGGUCUCGACCCCUUCAUUGUCCUGGGCAUGGCAACUGCGGCGUGCGGUGCGGCGGGAUGGCUCAUUGGACCGUUUGUUGGCAAUUCCGUGUGGGGGUUGGUUUACCGGAGAUAUAAGCCUUCUGUCAUGGUGAAGGAGAAGGAAUUCUUCGACCGUAUCAGACGGUUCCGCGUCGACCCAUCGUCCAACUCCAUCUCCAAUCCAGUCCCCGAUUACUAUGGUGAGAAGAUCGGUAGUGUGCAGGGAUACCGGCAGUGGCUGAAGGACCAGCGGGCCUACAACCGCAAGAGACGUCAUUUCAUUGUUUAAGUUGUCAGGUCGUUUAGCAUUGGGAUGCCUUCUUUUCCUGUUUCCGGCAUUCUCGAGAGUUGUGCUGGGCUUCUCUGUUUGUACGAAUAAUCAUAUCGGUGAGCGAUUUAAAAUGGAUUUGUUAGCUAUGCUGGUUUUGCGAUGAUCUCUCAUCUGGUCACGACUUUCACUCCCUCACAACCUCUACCGUUCACCUCCGACCGCCAAUGAUGCCUGGAUCAUCCGCAGCUGCAGGCGCUUUCUGCGAGAACAUUUUCGUAGAAGGCCCUCGCAAUGUGGCGGCGAGUCCGCAUCAUCUUUUUCUUGAAUGGGACUAAUAGGAUGGCUGGGGAGCGACUCGUCCACCGCUUGUUGGGGGGCUUUGGCUAUUUACUUUCCUGCAUGGUCGUAUCUUCCAACCUAGGGUCUUGGCUAUAAUCGAUGUGGAAUGUGAAUUAGGUUUCGUAGGAGUGUGAUAUUAUCGUAGUUGUAUGACUUUUG